AUGCUCUCAGAGAGUGUGGGUUCUGAGAUCCCUACAGACCUUGCCAGACAUCUGUCUCUGUCUUUGCCUGGGCUCACACCCCAGCGGCACCCCGGCCCCAUCGCUAUCCAUGGGUGGCAGAUGGUUUUUGUUAAAGGCAAUGUCUACAUGUUGCCUGUGUCUGCAUCCCACAACCCACAAGCUGAGAUGCCGCCCGUGCCCCCAGCCUCUUGCUACAAAGAACCCAUCGGCAGCCUGGUCGGGGCAGGGCUGGUUCAGAGCGCACAGUGCACGUCAGUCCGGAGGCUGCGGCUGCGGAGGACCCACUUGGCGAGAAGCUGCAGAGAUGCUGUCCGUGGCGUCGCUUCGGCCGUGGCCCGCGCCCUCCCUCGGCGUGCCGGGCUGGUCUCCAAAAAUGCUUUGGGAUCAUCUUUCAUUGCUGCAAGGAACCUCCAUGCUUCUAACACCCGUCUUCAGAAGACUGGCACUGCUGAGGUGUCCUCUAUUCUUGAAGAGCUUAUUCUUGGAGCUGAUACCUCUGUUGAUCUUGAAGAGACUGGACGAGUCUUAAGUAUUGGUGAUGGUAUUGCCCGUGUACAUGGGCUAAGGAAUGUUCAAGCAGAAGAAAUGGUAGAGUUUUCUUCAGGAUUAAAGGGCAUGUCUCUGAAUUUGGAACACGACAAUGUUGGUGUUGUCGUGUUUGGGAAUGAUAAGCUGAUUAAGGAAGGAGAUAUUGUGAAGAGGACUGGAGCCAUUGUGGAUGUUCCAGUUGGCGAUGAGCUCUUGGGUAGUGUGGUAGAUGCCCUUGGUAAUCCCAUUGAUGGAAAGGGUCCAGUUGGUUCUAAGACCCUUAGGCGAGUAGGCCUGAAAGCUCCUGGAAUCAUUCCUCGAAUCUCAGUGCGGGAACCCAUGCAGACUGGCAUUAAGGCUGUGGAUAUUGGUCAGCGUGAGCUGAUUAUUGGUGACAGACAGACUGGGAAAACUUCCAUUGCUAUUGACACAAUCAUCAACCAGAAGCGUUUCAAUGAAGGGACUGAUGAAAAGAAGAAGCUAUACUGUAUCUAUGUUGCUAUUGGUCAAAAGCUAUCCAUUGUUGCCCAGUUGGUAAAGAGACUGACAGAUGCAGAUGCCAUCAAGUACACCAUUGUGGUAUCUGCGACUGCUUCUGAUGCUGCCCCACUUCAGUAACUGGCUCCUUAUUCUGGCUGUUCUAUGGGAGAGUAUUUUAGAGAUAAUGGCAAACAUGCUUUGAUCAUCUACGAUGACUUAUCCAAACAGGCUGUUGCUUACCGUCAAAUGUCCCUGUUGCUCCGUCGGCCCCCUGGCCGUGAGGCCUAUCCUGGCGAUGUGUUCUACCUACACUCCCGGCUGCUGGAGAGAGCUGCCAAAAUGAAUGAUUCUUUUGGUGGCGGCUCCUUGACUGCUCUACCAGCUAUAGAAACACAGGCUGGUGAUGUGUCUGCUUACAUUCCAACGAAUGUCAUUUCCAUCACUGACGGACAGAUUUUCUUGGAGACAGAGUUGUUCUACAAAGGUAUUCGCCCUGCUAUUAACGUUGGUUUGUCUGUGUCCCGUGUCGGUUCUGCUGCCCAAACCAGGGCCAUGAAGCAGGUGGCAGGUACCAUGAAGCUAGAGUUGGCUCAAUAUCUUGAGGUUGCUGCCUUUGCCCAAUUUGGCUCUGAUCUUGAUGCUGCCACUCAACAACUCCUCAGUCGUGGUGUGCGUCUGACUGAGUUGCUGAAACAGGGACAGUAUUCUCCCAUGGCUAUUGAAGAACAAGUGGCUGUUAUCUAUGCGGGUGUAAGGGGGUAUCUUGAUAAACUGGAGCCCAGCAAGAUCACAAAAUUUGAGAAUUCUUUCUUGUCACAUGUUAUCAGCCAGCACCAGUCCUUGUUGGCCAAUAUUAGGGCUAAUGGGAAGAUCUCAGAGGAAUCAGAUGCAAAGCUGAAAGAGAUUGUAACAAACUUCUUGGCUGGUUUUGAAUCAUAAAUGCCUAUGGAUUCGUAUCAGAUACUGUCUGGUUUGUUGUUUCCUUUAGAAAAAUUGGUUCCAUUUAUAAAACAGUUCUCAUAUUCCUCAUGUACAGAAAUCACGUGAAAAUAAAAGUUACAUGUUGUGUGGUAAAAAAAAAAAA